AUGGCCACGUACUCUAGCCGUCUUCCUUCUCCUCUCAAGCCUUUGGAACACAUCUGGCGUACGGCAUACGCUUUUACGAAGUCUGACUACAAGACAGUCGUGUUCCCAGUCAUCUGCUAUGGGAUAAUGGCUGCUCCACAGAUGUCCAUCACCAGACUUCCUCACCUCGCGGUAUGGGUGUGGCUUCACCUUCUGCAGUUCUGUGCAGCGAAUCAGGCGUUGAGCCCUGAAGAAGACGCAUUGAAUAAGCCCUAUAGACCCAUCCCAGCGGGCUUAAUUUCGAUUCGGGGUGCCAGAGUCCUUCGUUGGCUCCUCGUCCCGGUCUGCCUGGCGCUCUCGUGGACGCUGGACGUUAUCUACCCAGGGAUCAGUCUAGCCAUCUCGUUCGUCGUCUACAACGAGCUCGGCUUGGAUAACUACUGGUAUACAAAGAACUUCCUCAACGCUGUGGGCCUCGUCUCCUGGAACAUCGGCGCGGCUAAGAUCGCAUGUGCAGAGAAUGUUUCCCUCGACCAGCGGGCCUGGUUUGCGCCUUACGUUAGCACGCUUCUUAUCGCUACGACGAUACAUAUCCAAGACUUCCGCGAUGAGGCAGGAGAUAGGAAACAGGGACGAGUCACAUUCCCCGUCGUGAUGCCCGAAUUCUCUAGGCGCAUGACAUUCCUCAUCGUCGCAGUGUGGUCGUUCGGCCUCGCGUCGUAUUGGAACCUAAGCAGCGUCGCAUCUCCGUGGUUCGUCACACUGGGGAUGUACGUUGCCCUCAGAGUGCUCCAGCAGCGCACCGAGCACGAAGAUAAGGUCUCAUUGCGAAUAUACAUGUUCUGGCUGUGCGUUGCUCAAAUCCUCCCCUUCUGGACAAGGCAAAUGGAGGGAAUAGCCCAGCCGUGGCUGCCAAAUGCUCAGUUCGGGGCUAUUCAGAACAAUGAUACUUUCUAG